AUGUCGGAACUCUGGUACCAGCAGCCUGCUGGCAACUGGGAGGAAGCAUUGCCAGUGGGCAAUGGCCGUCUGGGCGCCAUGGUCUAUGGGCGAACCGAUACAGAGAUGCUACAGCUCAAUGAGGACUCGGUUUGGUAUGGAGGUCCCCAAGAUCGUGUUCCUCGUAAUGCAUCUAAGUAUCUCCCACGUCUGCGGUCUCUGAUCCGAGAGCAAAACCACGCAGAGGCGGAGAAGCUGGUUCGUCUGGCCUUCUUCUCUCAUCCCAUUAGUCAACGGCAUUAUGAACCGUUGGGGACUUUGUUUCUCGACUUUGGUCAUGCCCCCGAAUAUAUGCGGAACUACCGACGGUCGUUGGAUAUUGAGCGUGCUAUCAGUCGUGUGGAAUAUGAGCACAAAGGUAUAAAGGUUCGACGGGAAGUCAUCGCCAGCAACCCCGACGGUGUGAUUGCCAUGCGAGUCCAGACAUCUCAGAGAACGGAGUUUGCCUUGCGGCUCACCCGAAUGAGUGAUUUGGAAUACGAAACAAAUGAAUAUCUCGACGACGUCACGGCACAAGACCAGACAAUUACCAUGCAUAUCACCCCUGGUGGACACAAGAGCAACAGGGCUUGUUGCAUGGUCAAAGUUCGCACAGCGGAUAAUCAAGGCUCUGUCACUCAAGUCGGAAACAAACUGCUGGUCAGUGCUGAAGACACGCUGGUGCUAAUCUCGGCGCAAACCACUUACCGUUGCGACGACAUAGACAAGAAGGCUUCGUCUGAUUUGGACACAGCUUUGCUGCACUCUACUGACGAGAUCUGGGAGCGACAUGUGAAAGACUACCGAUCACUCUAUGGUCGCAUGGAAAUGCACCUGAGUCCCAACAACUGUGACAUGCCGACUGACAAGAGAAUCAAGGAUUCGCAUGACCCUGGUCUGAUAGCACUCUACCAUAAUUACUGUCGCUACCUAUUGAUAUCGUGCAGUAGAGAUGAGGACAAAGCUUUACCAGCGACACUACAGGGUAUAUGGAAUCCAUCCUUCCAUCCAGCUUGGGGAUGUAAAUACACGAUAAAUAUUAAUCUGCAAAUGAAUUACUGGCCGGCAAAUGUCUGCAAUCUCUCCGAUUGUGAGAUGCCUCUAUUCUCUCUACUAGAGCGCGUUGCGAAAUCAGGAGAGGAGACAGCACAGAAGAUGUACGGCUGCCGUGGCUGGGUCGCUCAUCACUGCACCGAUAUUUGGGCUGAUACUUCUCCUGUAGACACGUGGAUGCCAGCAACUCUUUGGCCUCUAGGAGGUGCUUGGCUCUGUGUUCAUAUCUGGGAUCAUUUCCGUUUCACCCGCGACAAGGGAUUCCUCCAGAGAAUGUUUCCAAUUCUGCAAGGAUGUGUGCAAUUUCUUCUUGAUUUCUUGGUUGAAGAUGCAUCCGGAGAGUUUUUGGUCACGAAUCCGUCACUGUCGCCCGAAAACACGUUCUAUGAUGAAAAUGGAGAGCCCGGUGUCCUGUGCGAAGGCUCCACCAUUGAUAUUCAGAUUGUAAAUGCUGUCCUGAGCGCUUACCUGAAGAGUGUCGAAGAGUUAGAAAUGGACUCUAAGCUUGCACCGGCAGCAUUAGACGCCCUGCGCCGACUUCCACCCCUGCGCAUCGGGUCUUUCGGGCAACUACAAGAAUGGGCUUCGGAUUAUGCGGAAGUAGAGCCCGGUCAUCGGCAUGUUUCUCAUCUAUGGGCCUUGCAUCCUGGAGACACCAUCAGCCCGGAAACAACACCCAAAAUAGCCGAGGCCUGCUCGGUCGUGCUGCACAGACGUCAGGCCCAUGGAGGCGGUCAUACGGGCUGGAGCCGCGCAUGGUUAAUCAAUCUGCAUGCACGAUUGCUGGCAGCUGAGGAGUGUGCGAAGCACCUUGAUCUCUUACUGGCGCAGUCAACCCUGCCCAACUUAUUGGACACGCACCCACCGUUCCAGAUCGACGGUAACUUUGGCGCCGGCGCGGGUAUCCUGGAGAUGCUCCUUCAAUCCCAAGAGGAGGGAAUUAUUAGACUCCUUCCCGCUUGCCCCAGAGCCUGGUGUUCUGGGUCUCUUCGGAAUGUCUGCGCUCGUGGAGGGUUUAAGUUAGAUUUCAGCUGGGAAAACGGUCAGAUAAAGGAUGCUGUGACUGUCUACUCGGAAUUCGGCCGUAAAACAGUCCUUUGCUUUCCUAACAAUGGACCUCGGAUCGAGAUCCAGGGCAGGGGAUCUCAUAGAAUUAAGCCUUGA